AUGGCGUCCGGAACGACCGGAACGAAGCUGAUCUGUGUCGCCGUGUGUUUGGGGUUGUGGUGUACUACCAGGCAGGUAGCUUCAUCGUUGAGCGGAACGUCCGCUAUUGUUGUCAAUGAGAAUGGAUACGAUAACGUAGCUGUAGCAAUUAAGCCAGGAGUUACUCCAAACAAUGAACUCAUCGAAAAAAUAAAGUUGAUGUUUAGUGAGGCAUCCGUCCUUCUUUACCGAGCAACCCACCACCGUCUGUUCUUUCGCAAUGUCACCAUCUUCGUACCCAAGACCUGGCCACACCACUCCAGCUACCAUUCCCAAAGCAAGUUGGUCUACGCAAACUCAGACGUCGUCAUCGAAUCAUCAAGCGGUCGCAGUGCAUCGCCACCUUACACUAGACAGCACAGAGGGUGUGGCAAAGAAGGAUCCAAUGUAAACUUCAUGGAUUCGUUUCUACUGGAUCCUAACCUCAGAAAUAAUUAUGCAUCGCUUGGUCACAUUUUGCUGCACGAAUGGGGCCAUUACCGAUGGGGUCUAUUCGACGAGAUCCCAACAGAUGUAAAUGACCACUUCUUCUUCUCCAGUCUCACCAAGCAAUUUGAAGGCUCAAGAUGCUCUGCUAACAUCACAGGCAAUUCUAUGAAGUUAGACGGAAUAUCACAACGGGAGUGUUACGGUAACUCUAGUGUUGGGUACGAGGUUGACUGUCGCUUCGUCCCCACAGAAAGUCAGCACGAAGCCACGUCAUCCGUCAUGUACGGACUGGGAAAAUAUGACACUAUCACAGAUUUCUGCGAUUCAGACCCGACAAAUGUGUCAACCUUACACAACCACGAGGCAUCCAACCAGCACAAUCGACUCUGCGACCGGCAAAGCAACUGGGAUGUGAUGAAGAAACACACCGAUCUCAAGGAUGGCAGCAACCCCCCGCGUGAGUUUAGAGAUGAAAGUGAAUUGCUGCCCACAUUUAACAUCGUACAACAAAACGACAGCAAGUUGGUCCUCUUGUUGGAAACAUCUCGGCAGAUGCUGGGAGAGCCAUUGGAGAGAAUGAUGAGUGCAGUGACUGCUUUCAUCAUGCAGGAGGCCCCUAUCGGUGCCUCAAUCGCUAUCAUGCGCUACCACAACGUGGCUGACCGUCUUAUUGAUGGCUUCGUGAGAAUACAGUCGGACGAAGACCGUCACACUCUAGUCAGUGUACUACCAACCCAUACGUAUGGAGCCACGUCUGUAGGGGACGCGCUAUUCAAAGCAACUGUGAUGUUGGAAGAUUAUAGCGUCGAUACGACCGGUGACCGCAUUCUUAUUAUAAAUGCUAACGCAGGGAACCAAUUCCCGAGUAUUGAUUAUACCAAAUCUAAAGUCUUGUCAGCCAAUGUCAUUGUGGACGCAGUGGUCAUAACGCAGAACGCUGAACCGGAGCUGUUUACAAUAACCGAACUAACAGGAGGAACUGUUUACUACGACACACCUGACUCGGGCUCAGUCGGAUCCAUGGUGGAGGCAAUGAAAAGAUCCCUCGACCGGUAUGACGUCAGUGAUGACGAGAAACGGUUCCAGGUUUUGGGAGCUUCUCUGACGGUGCUUCCUGAGGGGUCUGAAGAGAAACUUGUUUACAUUGAUUCUACGAUUGGGAGAGACACACGGUUUGCAGUGUCGUGGAUUCUUGAUUCACCGGUCGUUGCUCCCGUCGUUACGUUGAUCGACCCCAGUGGAAGUAGUUUGACCGACUCGUACCCUGGGUAUUCUAAUAAUACCGAGCUAGGACUGUCUUCGUAUCACGUUCAGGGACAUGCAUUGGAAGGUCCAUGGAAGGUUGUUAUUGGGAACUCAGACGCCUCCCGGUCUGUCGAAAUUCACCUUUCCGUGACGUCAGCCACAAUAAAUCCUGACGUGCCGCCUAUAACCCUGACGUCAGCUAUGAAUGAGCUUAGCAACAACUUUCAAGUCACUAAUGAACCGUUGACGAUUUAUGCAGAGGUCAAGCAAGGUUACCGGGCAGUGGUUAACGCUGACGUUACUGCCUUGGUAUCGAUACCGAAAUUACUCGAUCCAGUCGAAGUUCGGUUACUCGACAAUGGAGCGGGUGCGGAUAUAACAAAGCAUGACGGCAUUUAUUCCGGAUGUUUCACGAACUACACGGUGGAUGGUUUGUAUGGCGUGGGGUUAAAGGUCGAGAAUGACGGUGCGGCUGAACUUAUUGACUUUCCGGCAUCGCUGUCCCCACCACGCACUGUCGGUUCUGACAGCAACAGUGCUCAAUCUGAAAGUACGUUACAAAGGCUCAGGGCUCGUGCCGUUGGCAAUCCAGCGCCAAUUUUCAAGCGUUUGGUUUCAGCUGGUGCCAUUAGGAUGACCGGUGUUCCACCCAACGGCACAGACGAACUACCCCCUGGAAAAAUAACAGAUCUUAGAGUUGUCGGUACAUCGUAUAAAGAUAAGACUGUUGAGCUUGAAUGGACUGCGACUGGGGAUGACUUUGAUAGUGGGAAAGCCAAGCUGUACGAACUUACCCGUGGGGCUAAUGUAGAUGCAUUCCUCGCAGGCACGGGGACGGUUCCUAUCCUGCAAUCAGACAUUAAAUAUGGUAACCUCGUCGACCCUAAACCAUCGGGUUCGACGGAAACAUUUACCGUCCUCGUACCCAUCGACGCUGGAGUAUCGUCAUUUGCGUUUUCCGUCGCUGCUGAAGAUGACGUCGGCCUGAAAUCUCCCCCGUCUAACGUUGUGUUCGUCACAGUCCGAGAAUACAUUCCCACAGCUCCGUUCCCAACUACGCCUGCGCAAGACGCCUCGAGCCCGAUGACGACCGAGCCAACAGUCACAAUAUCGAUACCGUAUACAACCGUCAAACCGAUACUCACUCGAACCGAAGUAAUUGUUAUAGGUGUAAUCAGCAGUGCCGGGAUUCUAUCAGCAAUAAUCAUCUCAGCGGUAUCGAUUACCAAAUAUUUGUUGAACUCAAAAGUUGUUCCUUCACGACCGGUAUCGAAGGCAUCAAUUGACAGUACUCGUCGAUUUCUUGAUAAAAAGGAUUGGGAGGGUGGUUCGAUGAAGAUUGUUGAUUUAGAGGCGCAGGGUAUGGAGUCAGAAAUCUGA